AUGCCAGUGGAAGCUUUUGGAUUCCUAAUACUACGUACAAUAUUGACCCUCGAUUGCUACGUAGAUAGAGGAAGCCCAUUCUGUGACAAGAGCCGCGCGUUUUUAGACGAGGUUCAGCAAUGGGGAGCAUGUGCCUCUGAAUCUUCUUCCUUUGAACCACUACCUUCGACCAGCCUCUUCCGCCUAGUCCUCAACGCCACAGGUCCAGGCCUCAUGCAUCAUGGAUUGCUCUCCUCCAACAACUCGCAUACAUACCAUUCCCUCUACCCAUUCCACGUUGUUCGCCAAUCCGACAUAAUUCCAACAUAA